AGUUAUUUAAAAUGGCCGCAUCCUUGAAUAAACGAGUUGUCUCCCAGUUUAAUAGAGGGGUGAAGCAUUUUCUAAUUUUACGUACUUCUAAUUUUACACGAUCUGUUACUUCUUCCAGUCGUGUCGACAAAACUUCUAACGUAGAAAAAGAACGUCAUGAAACUCAUUUCGGAUUUCAGUCAGUCACCGAGGAAGAAAAAGAGCACAAAGUUUAUGAAGUCUUUGAAAAUGUAGCAUCCAAGUAUGAUCUAAUGAAUGAUGCAAUGAGUGCUGGAAUACACAGAGUUUGGAAAGAUACAUUUAUUGAAAGAUUUGCCCCAUCUCCAGGCACUAAACUUCUUGAUGUUGCUGGAGGAACAGGUGAUAUAGCUUUCCGAUUCCUGAGAUAUGUAGGCACACCUACCCUGGGUUCCUCUGAUAGUGUGGAAAAAUCACAGGAUGCAUUGAACAAUACAUGUACAGUCAGUGAAAGCUCAGAUUAUAUAACAGAUCCUGACCACAAUGGAAGUCAUGUAACUGUCUGUGAUAUUAACCAAGCAAUGUUAGAUGUGGGGAAAGAUAAAGCCAAAGACAUGGGAUAUACCUCAGGUAUUUCAUGGGUUAAAGGAAAUGCUGAAAUGUUACCAUUACCAGACAAUUCAUUUGAUGCUUAUACAAUAGCAUUUGGUAUACGCAACUGUACUCAUGUACAAAAGGUACUAAAUGAUGCUUACCGUGUUUUAAAACCUGGUGGAAGAUUUAUGUGCCUUGAAUUCAGUGAAGUUAAAAAUCCAUUAUUACGGAGUGUGUAUGAUAAUUAUUCCUUUCAAGUCAUACCUGUUAUGGGACAAAUUAUUGCUGGAGACUGGAAGUCAUAUCAAUACUUAGUUGAAAGCAUCAGGCAGUUUCCUAAUCAAGAGGAUUUUGCUCAAAUGAUAAAGACAGCAGGUUUUAGGAUGGUUCAGUAUGAAAAUUUGACCUUUGGAGUAGCAGCAAUACAUUCAGGAUUUAAAGUUUAGCUAUAACUUAACUAUAAGUAGUUCUUUUUUUUUUCAUAUAGUAUAUAGGUUACUCUUUGCCAUUGAUUUUGACCCAACAAUAAUUUUGGUAUAUUUUUUUUUGGGUGUAUUUUUAAAAUCCUGAUAAUGUGAUCAAUUAAUAAUUAUUUCUGUUAUUAUUUCAUUUUUCAAUUCUGUUUUAUCAUGCCCAGUUAUUUUCCCAUCAAGCUGAGGUAACAAUUUGUAUGCUUUGUGAUGUUUGGUGAGACCAGUUAAUGCUGGUGUAACCUUUAAUGCUGAAAUUCUACUGAAAUUUGAAGUUUUAAAUUAGAAUUAGAAAGUCUAAACUAUUGAUGUAAUGAAUAAGACUGCUUUAUAUAAAGGCUAAAAUAUUUAUAACCACAAUCUUAGUAGUUACAGAUACACUCACAUUUUUUUUAAAACUAUGAAGGUUGCCUUUAUUUUUGUGGCAAAAUAAUCUCUAAGACUGAGGGAACUAACUGUAAAAUAGAGCAGAGGGCAAAAGCAGGUUGGGUAUGAGUGUUAUAUAUUGAAAGUAAGUUACACUGGUUAAAAUAGAGUAAUCAGAAGAGCAAUGUUAAUUUUAUAACAGGUCAUGAUAUGAUAAUUUUGAUUUGUUGGAUUUUAUAUGCAUCUAGUUUUAAUAGAAUUAAAAAUGUUAUUUAAUAUGAA